AUGGCAACAUCACAAAAGUACAGUAAAUCCGUAACUGCCUCACCGGACGAAAUCAAGGAUAUAUAUUGUGAACUCUGUGUUGGUGAUGGAAAACAGAUAGAAGCAGAAGGAUUCUGUGUGGACUGUUCAGAAUAUCUGUGUGGACAAUGUUAUAACCUUCACGGAAGAUUUAAAGCGUUCAAACACCAUGUGCUCCAGGAUAAGAAAAAUAUGCCUGUUGAUGCAGCGAGAACAAGUGUACUUGAUGUGUGCGUAGAAAAGUGUUCUAAACAUCCAACAAAGGUUACUGAGUACUUUUGUCAGUCAUGUGACACACUUGGAUGUAGUGCGUGCAUCACUAUAAACCAUCGCCUGUGUCAAAAUGUCGAACGCGUACCGGACAUUGUCGUUGAUCUAGAAAACAACGAGGAAUUCAAACAGUUUGCUGAAUACUUCGAUGAAACACUUACGGUGCUAAAAGAAAGAAAAGACAAAAUUAAUUCAAGAAAAACUGAAGUAGAGAAAAUAAAACAUCAAGCAAAAGCAGAGCUCAAAAAGCAGCGUGAUAAGAUAAACAAGUUUUUCGACAAACUUAAGGAUGAAAUGGACAAGAAGGUAAUGGACAUUGACAAAAAUAACAAUGAUACAUUAAAAGUAGCGUCCGACAGAUGUAGUAUUAAUGAUGAACUAAACAAAAUGAAAAAUGCCAUCGAGACAAACAUGAAAAAUGGAAAAAAAUGUAAACUGUACAUAAAAAUGAAAAGAUGGAAAAGGGAAAUCGAAAAGCUUGACAGAAUGUUUGAUAUGUUAUAUGAAGUGAGCAAUUUACAAAGAUAUAAACUAGUACAGUCCGCACAGACAGAGAAAAUAAUGCAAAACACAACUGAAAUAUGCAGAAUUUUAACUGCAAAACUUGUUUCAGAGAUUGAUGUAAGCUCUUGCAAUGACAUGGAAAAAACCAUAUAUAGGAGGGAUGUCAGUGGUACAGAGAUAUUACCUUGCUGUUGGAGACAAUACCAAUAA